AUGGGGAAUAGUGACAGUAGAGCAACUUUUAGGGCAUGAGUUCAAAUAAAUCUUUCGCACAAUCACCUAUUUUUAUUCUUUUAUUUUUUAAUCUAUUUUGAAUUAAUUUUUAAGGAAAUAAUUCAUAUUAAUUAUUUCAAGGUAAGUUGAGAUUGAAUAAUACCAUAAAAUUUUUACAUUAAAAAUAGUCCCAAAAUUAUACUAAAAAACACCCAAAAAUUUUUAUGGUGCCGGCGUCAUGCAGGGGAACCCUUUUAGAGACACAAUUGAUGGUUUACUAAAGAACAACAUCAGCGAACUAGACGGGAGCUACUGAAUUGAAAUUUUUAAAGUCCCUGAAAACGUUGAAGAUAUUUUUUUCGUGUUUACCCCAACUCUUAUAAAAGAAUUACUCAAUAAGCAGCCAUCAAACCUAGAAAGAAUGCUUAGAAUCGCUACCAAUAUAAUUCAUAGUGUCUCAAAACAAGAAGCAGAAUUCGAAAGAAUUGUUACGCUAAAUUCAUUAAGAAUCAUUUCAAGAAUCCUCCCCAUUCUUUUGGAAAUUGAAGAAGGCAGAAAAAUGUUAUGGGAAAAUAGCACAAGCUUUGAUAUCGUUGAUGGAUUAUUAGGCUUGCUUUUUACUUACAAAUUUGGGACUAGUUGUUCUAGUUUUCUAAGCCCUUAUGAGUUUGACAUAAAUAGAUUGUGAAAUCCUGGCUUAUAUGCUCAAGAAACUUCUUAUUCAACGAUGCAAAUAAACGAAAAUCGAAUAGAGAUUUUAAGAGGAAUUUUGGCUUGCUGCUCUCAAACUUUAUAUAAUGAUAUCAAUGAGGCUGGGAUUUAUGCAAAUCCUUGGUCAUGGAUGAUGACUUCUAAUGAGAUGAGAUUUGGGAAAGACUUUUUUUUUAGCCUAAUAAACACAAUAUUUGCAUAUCCGGCAGAGAAAUUUAAUUCUACCAUCUCUGAUCCAUUUGGAAUGAUUGAAAAAGAAGCCUCACUGUCUUGCCAAGUUCUUAUAGCACUUUUGGACUCAAAAACGCCAAAUCAGCAGCAAAUACAAGAAAAUCCGGAAUUAAGAGCAGCCCAUGAAAUCCUGCAAAAAUUACAUUCUGAGCUUCAAGGACUCUCAGCUGAGCUUUCUCCUUUGAAGCUGGAGAACGCCUUUAUGACUUAUCUAAAAGAAAUCAAUGAUCCAUCACAUUUUAAAUUUCUUGCAAAAAGCUUCAGUGCGCAGCUUAAUACAGUUGUUGCUUAUAAUUCUGCUUAUUUAUUUAGCUCGAUUAAUGAAAUCCCUUUUUAUCAAGAAUUAUUGGUACUGCUCUGGCAAUUUAUUGAUAAUACAAUUUUCUAUUUAAAUUUGUAUAUAUUCUAAAAAAGAUAUGCUUUAUUUUUUAUGUAAAUAAAAAAUUGGCUUCUGAAUGCUACGAUUUUCUAAAUCCAAAAUUGAAUAAUCCAAAUUUCGAAGAAUAUUUAAUAAAAAAGAAAUGCAUUUUUAAGAUUAUUGACAUGCUUAUUUUUUCUAUAUGGAAUUUAAAGGAAAAUCCAGGGAAGGUAGGAGUUGUGCAGCUUUGCAUUUUUAUUCUGCUGCACUUGUCAAGCCAUAGAGAAUACUCAAUUAAGCUGGCUGAGCCAUAUGAUGGGCACCUCAGCUUAAACAUUCAAGGGGCAGAAUAUUAUUAUGACUUACUUAUUGGAGUUUUCCAUAAUAUCAUUCUGAAUCACAGCUAUUUAAUUGAAGCAGUUUCUACGAUAAUGAUCAUUAUUCUUAAUCAUUCAGCAUAUGUAAAAAAUAUAAGCAGUUCAUCAGCUAUAAAACUUUUUGCUAUUUUUGAAUAUUUCUCAUCAAAAAAAUUUUUACAUAAAGAGCCAGGAAAUUAUGGAUAUUUAUAUCAAAUUUUAGAAGUUUUUAACCAUAGGCUUCAAUACCAAUGAGACGGGAGUUUACAUUUGAUAUAUUUACUCCCCCAUCCCUCCUUUAAAUUGGAACAAAAUAUAGCAAAAAUUUUCAUAUUUUCGGUGCUUUAACCUCUUUUAUUGGAACAAUUUUUUUAACAGGACAAUUUAUAGGCUAGCAUGUGACCUAAUUUAAUGGAAAAAGUGCAAGUAGAAUAUUAUUUAAUAUCUUUCACACUGAAUCAAUUAAUUUGUUAAAUUAAUUCUUUUAAAAUAAAUUAAAUCCAAAUAUUGAGCUCAAUUUAUAUUUUUUAUUAAUUUUAUAAAAGUUUUUUAUAGGAGAAAAAUUAAUAUAGAAAAACUAACCUCUUUUAAAUUAGAGAAGGAUUUUUGCUCCAAUUUAAAAAGGGAAGGAGUUAAUUAUUAGCAAAAGAAAUGUUUUUGACAGACUUAUCAAUAUGAAAUUUGAUCAUCAUAUUGAGUGUACAUGAGAAGCGAAUGAGGACUGGUUUGGGAAAUGAAAUACAUAAAAUGCCGUGGUAAAUUAACCUCCCUCUUAACUCCUUUUGACAACAUCUGAAAGGGUUACGGAACCUCGAGGAUGGGAGGGUGGUGUUCGAUAUGUAUAUCCGAUUAGGUUUGGUGAAGCACAAUGCUGAUCGACCGUAAGCUUUACUCCAAUGCCAAGUUUUUACCUCAGAGGGAGAUGGUCCGUAAGUUGGAAAGGGGUUUCCCAGAGUGUCACUGGCGUUCAUCUUGACCAAUUAGGACUAUUCCCAAGCGUGAAAACAGGUUUACGCUCUGAGCUGCAGAUUUUCAUCUUAACCGUGAGUUGACCAGAAAAUUCAACCCUUUUGAAUUUUCAAUGGUGAGCAACACUGCUGGCCUACAGCAUGGUGACCCAAACUUUUCGACUACCAGAUAACAUGCGCAGACCCAUGUCUGGUAAGAGCAAGACUUUGAAGGUCGUGCAACAAUUGUCGGCGAAGCAGGUGAGUAGAGCGUUAUGGAAGGGAAUAAGGAUCUUCGAAUCCUGACAGGGAGCUUUUCUAUAAUCUAAUUAAGGUUUAGAAAAUGGAAAAAUGAUUUACCUGUUGGCCUGAUUUUCCCUUUGCUUCAAGAUAUGUCACCGAGGAUAGAAAAACUUUGUGCUCAAAACAGUCAAAUUACAGAUGCAGAAAUCAUUGAGUUUUUAAAUGGAAGCACGAUGGUUGGAGUUUUUCCAGUCCCUCAUGCAUUAUUUUUUAGGAAAUUUCACGCAACCAAGCAGAUUCUAGCAUGGCUUACAUCUUUGUUAUGGGGAAUUAUUUAUAUUAGAGGGCAAGUCCUUCCCAUGUUUGAUUUCCGCUCAAUAAAAUUGUUCACAGUUUCUAUAAACUAA